AUGAGCGCAGAAGGGGCGGAUAAGUCGCCCGGAGCGGUCAGGGCCGCCAUACAAACGACCAGCACGUCCGCCUUUCCGACAAGCCUGGACGCCUUUGGGCUACCUACCUCAUCUGCGAACAGCACCACAGCCUCGUCUACAUCCUCCCCUACGACUUCGCCCGCACUGGGACACAGCUAUGCUCCGUUCGGUGGCUUGUCCUCUGCGGAUAGCUCCAAUCAGUCGCUAUGGAGUGACUAUCCGAUCGCGAGUCGGCGGUCAUUCCACACCGUCGCACCGAGGAAGCACAGCGCGCUGGCCAGUGAAGUGACGGCAAGCGCGAUGGCUGCUUCACAGAGUCAGCCGCUCGAGGAAGAAGAUGCAGAUAUGCUGCUCUCAGAGGACGAAGAACGCGAGCAGGGAGACUCGGACGAGCUCAAGGAGGUUUUGCUCGGUCCCAUGCAGCCUGCCAAUGGCAUAACACCUUUCUCGACACCGUCGCAUCCUCACAGACUGCGUCAUUCGUCCGCCUCGUCCUCGAGCUCCUCCUUCUCGAGCAAAGAGAUGACGGGCCCGAUUCUGUUCAGCGGACUGGAGCGGAGAUUGUCGAGCUCGACCGUACCACCUCUCAUGCUGUGCACCGAGGACAAACGUACGUUCAAUCCGCUCAAUCCGCCGCCAGCUUCAAACGCUCUGCUUCCACCCAUCAGCCGCGCCGAAAGCGAUUCUCCUGGAGGCGGCAUGCAAGCCUCGCCGCCCUUGAGCGCUCCACGGCUGCCAUUUGCGCUUCAACCACCGCCGGGCCGUCUCGCUCUAGACGGCCAAUCUCUGGACGAUAUGAACAGUCUCAACGCAGAUGCGCCGCCUGUCACUCCGACGGAACCGAGGCAAAUAUCGAACAGCAUACACACUCAAUCUGAGCUCGGCAAGAGCUUAGACUCUUCUAUUGCGUUCAUGCACGAUAACCCGCCGUCUACACCCGAUCAUGCGGAUGCUGGAUUCCGCAGUCCUGAUGACGCUGUUCCCGCACGUCGUGUCGUCAGACGCUCAAAUCUGAUCCCGAAAGCUAAGUCACACAUGAGAGUGAUGGCGCAGAUGCGGGGAGAGCAAGGGCGACCCGAUGACGAAGAGAUUGCGUCCGAAGCUGCCCUCCAUCGAUUGCAAAAGUCGGCAGCAUCCCAUCUGACGCCUCGCCAUAUGCGUGGUCCCAGAUCUAGCUCCUCUGUCUCUCACACGCACAACCGGUUCCCAGAGUCGGCCGACGACGACGCAGAACGGGACGAUGACGAGGACAGCAGUGCUAGUGAAACUGGUACGGUCGAUAUGGGCUCUGACGAACCUUCCACACGCUCACAAAGUGUGCCGCCCUUCGAUCUCAGCCUGGAUCGCUACAAGGCCGAAGAUGAAGCGGCCGCUGCUGCCCGGCGAGCCACUGCAAAGUGGAUGGGUUUCCGCGAUCAGACAUCACGGACCAGCACUUCUCGAGAUCCGGAGGAGAUGGCAUCCGCGCUGAGUACGCCCGUUAGCGCGGGCAGACCAGGCAAGCGGAAGGUCACCGAUAGCGAGCGGUUUGAGCCGUACUCCACUAUGGCCUUCAAGCGCCGUGCUGUCUCGCCCACAACUUCAAUCAGUCCAGGACCGCUAGCGUCGCCCGUUCUCACUUACUCGACUGCUAUCUCACCUCUGCCUGCCCUGCCGAGCCUUGGCAUGCUUGCCAAUCCAACUCUACCCAUCACGAUUCCGGUAAGCCCGAGCAACGCGACGAGCUACUUGCAGUCUUUGCAAAGCUCGCGCAGCCGUGCUACUUCUCCGGGCACGGCCUCGAGCUUGUCUUCAUCAGCCGGACGCCCAUCUGCCCUCAGUAUGCUACACGGAAAGCUUGCCAGCGAUCGUGAUGAAGAGCGGUCAAACAAGCUUGGCAAUGCCGGCGAUAAGCUCGUCCACAUGCGACUUGAAUAA